UGUCAAUGUCAAUUUGCUUGCUUACCAUAUUCCGAACUGAUGAUGUCUUGAUAAAGGAACUUGAUUUAGAUAAGAUUAAAUUACAGAUUUUCUCCAUUACCAGACAGCGGUUUUGCUAUAAUUUUAACUGGACAUUUAUAUAAAACAAUCUUAUAAUCAUGUCGACACAUGUUUUCAAUGUAGAAAUGACUUGUGAGGGUUGCAGUGGAGCAGUAGAAAGAGUUCUAAAUAGACUGAAAGGCCAGGGAGUGGAAAAUGUUUCAAUUAGUUUACCUGAACAAAAGGUUGUAGUCACAUCAUCUCUCAGCAGUGACCAGCUGUUAGAAGUCAUCAAGAAAACAGGGAAGAAAACAACCUAUGUGGGCACACAGUAAUUAAGGAGACUUAUACACAAAUGUGACAAUAGAAUAUACAAGUAACAUAAUGUUCACAAAGUAUAUUUUGUACAUUCAGAAUGUGCAUUUUCUGUACAAGAUUUUUAUAUUAUAUUUGUUUUGUGAUUUUACAUACAUUUUAGAUGUAUAUUUUUUUUAAGUAGUUCAUGUUUGCCUAUUGUCACAAUUUGUACUUGCUCUCAGUAAUAUGUUUUAUGAAGAGAUAUUGAUAUUAUAUAAAGUGGUUUCAUAGGUUUAUACAAUAUUUUUAAUAAAUAAUCAUACAUUA